AUGGCUAACAAAAUGAUGCCUUCGAUCGACUUUGGCGUUGUGGAUUGUAUGCACGAGCUCAUAUUCAAUCGUACCCAUCUUGGACAAAUCAAUCACAUAUGGGAUUUGAAGGAGUACGAAAAGCAACCAUAUGUGAAGUACCACAAGUAUCGACUGAAGCCCUAUUUGGAUUUCAAACUAGACUGCAGCUUUGGCAUGCCAUAA